CGAAGAGACCAGAAGUCAACGGUCGAUCCACUGCCAGUGGUGUUUUCACAUUAAUCAGGGGUUUUUUCGUGUUCUCCUCGUGAAGGUGUUUUUCCUUCACCCCUCGUGACUAAGCUUUAGAAUCUAGGUUACUCAGAAAAUAUAGUUUUUUGAUCGAAACCGUGUGCGACCGUGAGAAGUGCGCUUAACGUAGUUAAUUUUUUGGUGGAAUCGGGCCAACAAAUUAAAUCGACAGAAUCAAGAUUCUAGCCAAUAUGUUAGCGGCCGCUUGACAUAUUGCUGCUCAACAAAGGAUGCAAGCGAAGCUCGAUUUGGUGACCGUUAUGGAAGCUGCUGAAAAUAUUCGGACGCAGACAAUGCUUUUCCUAGUUCUGCUUUGUGUUUCUUUUGGUCUAACGGUUCAAGGUUUGACUCAUCACCAGUCUCAUAACACGGACACUGAUUCAGACGAAGCUUGGAUGUAUGAAACAGUACCAAACAAAUUUGAUACUGAUCGCAAUCGUAUUGUGCCCAAAGUGGAACACACGCAACCGGGCAUUGACAACAUCGUUUUAACCUACUACUUGCAUCCCGAGCAGCUGCCAGUACGAGUCGAGCUGCGGCCAAAUUUACUCGGUAGAAGCUUCGUGGAGCGACAAGGCCAGCAGCCAAAUGAGUCUAUCGUUGUGAAUUUUGCCGAUAAUUGCUACUACCAGGGUUGGAUCGAAGGCGUUCCGGGAAGUUCGGCAGUCAUAUCAACAUGCGAGGGUUAAUUCCGUGGAACGGUUUAUGAUGUGCACUAUACAUAUUUCAUCGACUUCGAUGAGUCAACCGGAGAUCAUUACAUACGAAGACUGAAACUGCCAAACCGAGUAAAACGUAACCAUAGGGCGCGAAUCGUUGGUCCUUACAAUGCAAAUCGUCACUCGAAGUUUGUUGAACUGGUUCUUGUGGUCGAUAACUCCUUGUAUACUAAGUUUGAUUCCGAUGUUUGGAAAGUGCAUCGCUACUGUACGGAUAUAGUGAAUCAUGUUAAUAUGCUUUUCACCCCUCUAAAUAUUUUCAUCACUUUAACCGGAGUAGUUGUAUGGGAUCGUUUCGAUCACAUUCAGGUUAACCGACGUGCGGAGGUUACACUUAAUAAUUUCCUACAAUAUCGACGGAAAGAACUCCUUCGACAACACCCAAACGACCAUGCUCAACUGUUGACAGCGGUUAAGUUUCAAGAUAACGUCAUCGGUAAAGCAAGGCUGGGAGGAAUGUGCACUAGUAACAGUUCUGGUGCAGUCAUAGUGGUUCACACUGACAACAUUGCCAUACAGGCUGGAACAGUUGCUCACGAGAUGGGCCAUAGCUUUAAUAUGGAGCACGAUGUGGACGAAGAAUGCUAUUGUUCAGAUCAUAAGUGUAUCAUGACCGCCAUGAGUUCUGAGCGGUCACUGAAGAACUGGAGCUCAUGCAGCAUGGAACAGUUAACGCUAGCGUUUAACAGGGGAUUACAUCACUGUUUAAAAAAUCGACCGAGAGUGAUGCAUUAUACGAGUUGUGGAAACGGAUUCUUGGAGGAAGGAGAAGAAUGUGACUGUGGAUUGGAAGAGGUCUGUGAUAAUCCAUGCUGUGAUUCAAAGAGUUGUAGACUGAAACCAGGGGCCACAUGUGCCAUGGGUGAGUGCUGUAAUCUAGAAGUGUGUCAGUGGUACGAUGCAGGAACGCUUUGCCGAGCGCCUCACGGAGAAUGCGAUUUGCCAGAAUUUUGCACCGGAAAGUCCGAACAUUGCCCUAGAGACGUUUUCAAACGAAAUACAGAGAAAUGUGCAGAGGGUAACGCCUACUGCGUCGAGGGAGAAUGCAGAACUAGGAACGACCAAUGUCGAAUGCUCUGGGGUCCUUCUGGGAAAGAAUCCAACGAGGUCUGCUAUGAAAGAAACAAAAAUGGAACGAAAUACGCAAACUGCGGAUAUAACCGUGAUAACCAUAGCUUUAUAAAAUGUGCUGCGGAAGAUAUUAUGUGUGGGUUACUUUUUUGUCACCAACUCAACCAUAACAAUCUUGAAUUUGGGAUAACAGUGUUUACAGAAGAACAAAUUGCCAGUACAGUCAAAGGACGGGAAAUGAUUAGUUGUCAUGCUGCAUUUAUAGAUCUUGGGGAUGCCAAACAACCGAUGCUGGUCCCAGAUGGAGCACCUUGUGGCAAAAAUAAAAUGUGUUACCAACAACAAUGCUGGGAUUUUGAUAAUCUUAAACAACAUGGAAUUGGGAGGUCGUGUGCCAAAGAUUGCAGUGGGCAUGGUGUUUGCAACAGUUAAGGACACUGCCAUUGUGAUUUGGGUUAUGCACCUCCAUUUUGCGAUCAGUCAGGAGUCGGAGGCUCUUUAGACAGUGGACCAGCCUCCAAGCAAACAUAUUUUGCUCUCCUAAUUACUCUGAUUAUCAUUGGCAUAAUUGUAACGUUAUUGUUUCUCGCAUAUAUAAUGGUGCGUUUCUGUCAACCAGAAUUCUACAAAAAUUCCAUCAAUAUUGUCAAAUUCAACUCCCCUUCCUGUGGCCGGCACAAGCUCAUGCAAACGUUGUCCUCUAACUCUGCGGUUGUCCGAGAAAUCUCCUCACCAAAAUUGUAUUCGUCUACCCGGGAUACAAACGGACCUCAAUUCACACCAAUUACAAGACUGAAAGAUAUGCCUUCUGCGCCAGAAAAUCCCUACAAACAUAGUGUAGUGUCAGUGCAUUCCAGGCCCCUUCAGUCUUCAGCUGAAUACAGGACGCAUUUGGCACCAAAAUCCAUUCGAUCCUCACAGCAACCUACUACCAGCUAAUAUUCAAAAUCGUGAACCAGUGUGCAUACAUGAUUCACAGACUAACAGAUGCAUCACAAAAGCUUCAGUCUAUUGCCACAACAUACUAUAAUUUAAAAUCUUAACUUGAGUCUCUCUCUUAACAAUCGUCAAAAAAUAUCGCAUGCCAGCGCUGUUCGUAGCGCAGGCAUGCAAUAUUUUUCAUUAUACUUUUCGCUAUUUCCCAGUUUGUCAAACGCAUAUACAUUGGCGCUGUUGUCGACUUCAUAUACGUAGCCCAAAGACUGCAAUAAUAUUCUUUACGGAAGGAUGAGUAUCGUCUGAAUGAUAGUUUUGUAAGAAAUAUGUACAAAGUGUUUCUUCUGUUAGCCUGUGUUCAUUUUUCAUCUUGUAACAAAAUCGUGACCAUAUUGGACAGAUUGCAUAAGAUUUUGUAAAAUUUUGAUAACAAUCGUAUUUCUUCGUGUGAGAGUGUACAGCGUACCGAAUACACGAUAAUAAAUAAAUCUCUAGUCAUAUUGGAGCAAGA